AUGAAUAAAAUAAUUUAUAAAGCCUUGGCAAAUUUUUAUGACCAUUUUGGUCUGGGCAAAAAAUUACAUCCAGGGUAUGACACGAUAUUAAUUAUUGGUGGUUCUUCAAACAAGUUAGGCGUUGAGCUCUGUAAAACGCUAACUGAAGAUUAUAACACAAAAGUUAUAAACAUCGACACCGCAGACAAUAUUAAUGGUGAACACUCAAGAAAUCGUGAAAGACUGUACACUUUUAUUUCGUGCGAAGAUUUUAGUGACAUAAACUGCCUUGAAGAAUCCAUGCUUAAUGUGCAGAAUCUAGAAAUAUACCCUACAGUGCUCAUCAACAACAUGCAAGAAGGGAUCGAAUCAACUCUUCUUAAAGAAGAUACAUUUUUAAAACUCGACGAAGAAUCAUUGUAUGAGUUUGAAAAAAUUGUGAGGUACAAUUUACAAAGCGUUAUUUUGAUAACUAAAUUCUGUAUAAGUAACCUUUUUCCGAAAGCACAUGUUAAAGCUGAUGAAAAAGCUAAGAAAUUCUAUAUUGUCAAUAUAUCCACGGUAUUGACAUUAGAUCCGUCAAAAUCAGGUACACAUUUCAUUACCUCUAAGUGCGGAAUAAACUCUUUCCACGAUGGAAUGACCUCUGAGCUAAAAUUGACGGAUAGCAAGUUAAACGUGAAAACGCUACUUGCAUAUUUGCCCAAAUUUGAAAGUGAUGAACACUGGAAAAGACUCUCACCCGCUAUUUCGCAACAGCUUGUACGCUGUCUACUUGAUGGAAGGUGUGGUGAUACAAUUCUCGAUAGUAAGAAGUCAAUUGGCGAUAUUUUUUUAAUAGCUGGUUUUAAAAACUCAUUUACCUGA